UCUGUUUUUGUGUUAUUGUUCGUUCUCAUGAAACUCAUUUUCUCUUCUUUCCACUCUCUUCAUUCUCCGCUCUUUCCACUGAACCGCCGUCCACGGUGGGCUUGCAUGGAGUCCUCACCUGCUCCCCACCAUCACUCCAAUCUGAACAAGACCAAACUAAUCGUCAUCAUGGGUGCCACCGGCACCGGGAAGAGCCGUCUCUCCAUCGACUUAUCCAAUCACUUCCUUCACUCUCAAAUCAUAAACUCCGACAAAAUGCAACUUUACAACGGCCUCGACAUAACCACGAACAAAAUCCCUCUCCAAGAAAGGAAAGGGGUCCCCCACUUCCUUCUCGGCUACGUUGACUCCGUUGAAUCCGACGUAUCGCCGUCGCAGUUCCGUUCGGAGGCGGGUUCAACCAUUGCCAACAUCGCUUCGAGUGGAAACUUGCCUCUCCUCGUCGGUGGCUCCAACUCUUUCAUCCAUGCCGUCCUCGUGGAAACCUUUGACCCUCGAGUGGAGGACAUAUUCGCCGCGCCAGACUCAGUGAGCCAGCUGUUGAGAUACGACUGUUUUUUCCUUUGGGUUGACGUGGCCUGGUCGGUACUCUCCGACUAUCUGUGUGAACGAGUCGACGACAUGUUGGACUCGGGCAUGCUGGAGGAGCUGGCUCGGUUCUACGACCCCACAAAAGAGGGUAUCCGAGUCGGGUUAAGGAAGGCAAUCGGAGUACCCGAAUUGGACAAAUAUUUUAAAAAGUACCCGCCGUGGGAGAGCAAAGGAUGUAAUCAGGCGCGGAGGGACGCAUACGAGGAAGCGGUGAGGGAGAUCAAAGACAACACGUGUCGGUUGGCGAAGCGACAGAUGGAGAAGAUCGAACGGCUUAGAAAAGCGGGGUGGGAGCUAAAGAGAUUAGACGGAACGGCGACGUUUGAAGCGAUAGUGAAAAAGAAUGAGUGGAGGGGUAUUUGGGAAAAGGAAGUAGUGGAGCCAAGCAAGAAGGCCACGAAGCGGUUCUUGGAGUAG